ACAUUCAAAAGGCAUUAUUUUCAGUGAGGGUGGUUUGUUUUGGUCUGGCUUGUGACAUGUCAAGUCGGUGCUCUCCGAUUAGAAACAGCAAUGUUGCCACCAAAUAUGUUAGACGUCGAUCCAGACAAAAUCUUCGAGGAAAAAUCAAUCAUUGAGAUAGAGGUCAUUCAAAAGAAAAUCCAAGAUGAAAUUGAAAGGAAGAAGGAGGAACUCAGAACCAUGGUUGGGGAGCGUUACAGGGAUUUAAUCGAAGCUGCUGACACCAUCAGUGACAUGCAACAUACAGCUGCAGGAGUCAUAACUCGUAUUCAAAACAUGGAGUCAAUGUGUGGAGCCUUCCAACAGAGGCAACUUUUAGGCUUUCAACUAGAUCUGUCCAAAGUAUCGAACACAACACUGAAUAAACAUGACAGCACUGGACUUGGUCUAGCAAUUCAAGUUAAAAUUUUAGUGGCUGUCCCAGAACAGAUCUGGGUUGCAGUUGAAAGAGAGGACUACCUCUUAGGAACACAACUUUUCCUUUUGGCGAGGCAUAUUAAAACUGGGUUUCGCCUUGAAAGCUCUUCUCUUCUUGAGGAAAUGAUGCCUGUAGUGACGCGUCAAUGGGCUGCAAUUUCCCAUUUCCAAGAAAAGUUGGUUAAUGGAGCUCUGGCAGCUCUUGGAUCCCCCGACAUAAAACCCCUGUAUGCUGCAAGAUAUCUUUGUGUGUUGGCUCUCCUUCAGAAUAUGAAUGGAGAAAAUCUUCUUGAUCGUUUUCUCCAAGUACGACAGACUGCUCUAAGUUCUGUUCUUCUAUUAGGAGACGACAAAGCAAAUGUUAAACAUCGUAUUUCUGCAAGCUUGCACUUACUCCUUAACACACUAUCAUUGCUGCAUUCCUGUUUUGUUGAGGGAAGAGGAGGACAACAAGAAGGUCUCCUCUGGCAGCACCUUAAUGCUCUCACACAGGAAGAAACUUCUGUGUUGAAUAGUCAUGGCAGUAGCACCUGCCUCAGUUUGCUUGAAAUAUUGGAUACUUUGGGUCUAGAACCAACAUCUCUUCGCCUACUCCCUCCUGUUGUGCGAGAUUUCAGGCCUGCUAAUACAUCUUGCAAAGAGAGUGUAUCGUUGGAUCAAGUUCGAGCACACACAUCAAAGUGGUUGCAGUCACUCAAUGCCUUUUUAAAAGAUACUGUAAACUCUUUACUUGACCUUGUGACAUCAAUUCGGGCUCUUCAAGGUGUCAGAGACAUCUCAAUAAAAGAACAGCAGGGGCUUAGUGGCUGGGAUAUAGCCUUACAAAAGCUUCAGCUGCCAUGUGGCUCAGAUAUUUGGAAUGUCUAUUACCAACCACUUCUGAGCUGUAGACUUAGGGUUCUUGUAGAACAGCAGUGGACUACGGCUCUUGCCACAACUCGACAAAAGCUUGCGGACCAGCUAAGAGCAAUUUUAAGAGACAAGACUCAUCAACCUGAACACGAUCUGCGGUGGUUUGUUUGGAGGGAACAAUCCACAGAUCUUCCUCAGAAACCAGUGCCGACAAAGGCCCUCUUGCCCUCUCAUGGUCUUAUUUUGAAGUGUCAGGGUUACACUCCAAGGGUGGAAGCUUUGUGCCAAUCCCUGGAUGGUCCACUAGCUGUUUUAUUGCAAGAACUUGCUUCAUAUGUUCAAGACUCCGAUCAUGAUCGGAAUGAAAUUCAGAAGUAUUUCCAGCAGUGCAGCUCCAACCAUCUACAAGGGUUUUGUCAGCAUAUUAAGGACAACUGUUUAACUGGAGCCACUGGCCGCGAUGAGGCAUGCAUUGCUCUUGUGGCUCGUCUCUUAGGAGCCCUUUGUGAUUUGAGUCCGGCCCUCAAAUCAUGUUUCCUUCCUUUUGCUGUUAUCUCAUCAUCCAAAAAUUUACUCGGUUCGUCUGCUGCUUGGACUGACAUGGUGAGUGUGCUGCAAGAAUGUAGCAGGCAUGCCUGGGAUGCAUGGCAAGAACUUGUGUCAUCUAAUUUGGCAGGCACUUUUCAAGAAAUGCUUAUCCCAGAUUCAGGGAAUCUUUCUGUUAUACUAUCACACUCUACCCCUCAAUGGGAAGAACACAGUAUGGAGGAGCAAGGAGAAGAAGGUGGCAGGCUGCAUUCUGUCAUUAGAGUUCCUGCCCAGCCAAGCCUUGUGCUCCAAGAUACCUUGUCUCAUGCUUGCCAGGUACUAGGAGCUGCUCAACCCCAUACCAUUGCAAGCAAAGCUAAAAUUGGAUUUGUGGAAAAGCUUGUUUUAAACAUUUUAGAACAGUACAGUAGUGCAGUGAAAAUGGAUCUGCCUCAGGCACAAGCACUUCAGUUCCUCCUUGAUGUUAUGUUCCUAUCAGCUGCACUCAUACCAAGAAGCCAAAAGGCACUUUCUCAACAAGCUCAGCAAAUUUGUCAAGCACUUGAGGAAAAAAUAGAUCCAUUUGAUUUGGACGUGUUCACUCCCUAUAUUCAGAAGAAUGUACGACAAAGUGUGCGCCACAUGCAGUGUUUGCUGGGAGUUCUUAUCACAUGCUGGCCUGAAAAACUAGCCAGUAUGUGGACUACUUCCAGUGGCUCCGACAAGAGCUCCGAACAGCCCAGCUUACUCGCUGUUUGCCCUGCUGCCCCAUGGUUUCCACUGCUGCCUGUAGUUCUGCCCAAUUCGUCCAGCACAAUGCCUGGUCCUAUGCAGCAGCCAGCUCCACAGGAAAAACCACAGCCUAAACAAGGUCAAACGCGCAGUCCAAAGAAGAAAGCGGAACCUAUGGAAAAUAUCAAGUCUGGGGCUGCGGCCUUCUUUGGUGCCAUGAGCACAGACUGGUUUGGUUAGUUAGUCCCUCCCCAUUAACUGUAAAUCAUAGUUUAUUUAAAAUUGAUGUGGCAUGAAAUAUUGCUUAAGUGAAGUUGUUAUUGCAAUUUAAUGUUAUGAUAUAGUUUAAAUUAUAUUAAUAAAAAAAUUUUAUGUGAA